CGUAACUUAAGAAGUUCGUAAGAUCAGCCGAAAUCGGUAUGCUCGAAAGGCUUCUUAGCGUGUUCUUAGCUGCGAACUAGGGAACGACCAGGGAACGACAGAAGGCGCGAGAGGAGCGAGAGAAAGAGAAGCUUCCGGUGUCUCGUAACCGACGAGAACAAGCGAGAGGGGUGUGUUGCUAUGGCGAUUCUGACGACAAUAACACUUUUGGUUUGAUAGUACCACGUGUAGUUGAGAUCUGAUGGCGUCUCCACCACCCGUCAAAAAGAGCCGAAAGGCCAAUUUUUCGGACAACGAGCUGUCGGCUCUGGUAGACGGAUACGAGCAGCGCAAAGUGGCGAUUGAGGGAAAAGGGAACACCGCGCAUGGCUCGAUUGCCAAGCAGCGGGCUUGGGAACAAAUUACUCGCGAUGUGUUCGCAGUUUCCGGCAUCCGAAGGGAAGUGGCCGACAUAAAAAAGAAAUGGGCCGAUGUCAAGAGCAUCAACAAGAAGCGGGGUGCAGCCGUGAAAAAAAGUCAGUGUGCCACUGGAGGCGGCGUAGGCGACGAGCCCCUCAACGAGAUGGAGGAGAGAAUCGUGGGGCUGCUCAACGUGGAGUCGGUGGAGGGCAUUCCAGGCGCCUUUGACAUUGGCGUUGCCCCAAUUCAAGAGGUGUUUGUGGGUGUGCCCUUCUCCCUGCCACUCUCGGGUACUCCUGCCAGGCCGAGCUCAGCAAGGCCAGUUCCCUCAGCUGGUACUCCUGCCAGGCCGAGCUCAGCAAGGCCAGUUCCCUCACUUGAUAGCCAAGAAGCGAGCACAAGUGGCCAACCAGAAGUGGAUGAUAUGUUGGCCCACUCUUCGGGAAAUCCAAAGUCACGCCAAGAAAGGAUCAAGGAAGACCCCACACAAAAGAUCAUCGAGGGUCAACAGGCUAUCACAGCCCGCUUGGAUAGGCUUGUGGAGCUGCACGAGCAGAUGGUGGCUCUAAAAGCUUACAAACUUAAUGUAUGUUUUCAAAAUGGAAAAAUUGUUCCAAAAUAUGAAUAA